CACACACACACACACACACACACACACUGCGGUGCUUUUGUUUAAAAUGCUGUGCGUCCCACGUCGGUCCGUCUGACGUGAAGCCAGAAGAGGCGAGGUGGCUCGUGAAUAGACUGUUUGCGUCGCUCCGGAGGCUUUAUCCCCACCGGCAGGUGAAAGCCGUCAUCAGCGCACCUGUCGGCCACGCCCACUCCUGCCCGCGGUCUAGUGUCGCCUCGGCUCCGUGUGGGAAAUGGCAGCGGCGACCAUUUCGAUCGAACAAGACCAGUUCUGGUGCUCGGUGUGCCUGGAGGUCCUCCGGGACCCGGUGACGAUCCCCUGCGGGCACAGCUACUGCCUGCGGUGCAUCGAGGACUACUGGGACGGGCCCAAGCAGAAGGGCGCGUACACCUGCCCGCAGUGCCGCCAGGCGUUCGCCCCCAGGCCGCUGCUGAGUCGGAACCACGUCCUCGGGGAGGUGGUGGAGAAGUUCCAACGGUCCGGGGGAGAGGAGGCGAGCUGCAGCGCGUGCACGGGGAGGAAGAGCAAAGCCGUUAAAUCGUGCCUGGUGUGCUCGGAGUCUUACUGCGCGCCUCACCUGAGGGUCCACGAAGACCGCUUCCGGGGGAGGAUCCACAAGCUGGUUCCAGCCGGGGAGCCGCUGAGACCGAAGCUGUGCGCGCACCACGACAAAGCGCUGAGGCUGUUCUGCCGCACGGACCAGCAGUGCGUGUGUUCCCAGUGCGUCCAGGAGAGACACAAGGACCACGACGCGGUGCCCGCGGUGGAGGAGCGAGCGACACAACAGAAAAAACUCCAAGAAGCCUCGUUGAAGUCCGUGCAGAAAUUGAAGGACACCGAGAAGGAACUGAGAUAUCUGGUCAGAUACAUCAAGCACUCCACGCAGGCCACCGUGGAGGAAAGUGAGAGGGUUUUCGCCAAGCUGAUCCGCGCCAUAGAGAAGCAGAGCAGCGAUGUGACGGAGGUGAUGAGGGUCCAGGAGAGAGCAGCCGUCAGUCAGGCGGAGGAGCUGCUGGAGACGAUCCAGAAGCAGCUCGUCGAGCUCAGAAGGACCGACGCUGAGCUGGAGAAGGUUUCUCGCACUGAGGACCACAUCCAAUUCUUUCAGAAGAUCAAGUCUCUUAAUUUCCCCGCAAAGACGGCGGCGAUGCCGAGCUCCGACGCACUGCAGUACACAAUGUACAAAACAAUGAGAGGAGCGCUGGCGGACCUGAAAGGCGGUCUGGAUGAAAUCCUCGAAAAAGAAUUCAACAGGAUCUCUGAUAAAGGUGUGUUAUCUAUUUCGCACGUGAUCACUAUAAAACAGUAUUUACUGUUCACAAAACAAAUCACAAGAGUUUGUUCUACAUUUCUAGUCAUUUCAUUGAAGGAAACCAGCAAUCAAAGUACCGCCGAAAAGAGGAAAGGUACGCGGGACUCGGGGGCUACUAAUCGACUGAAACGGAAACUGUGUCUAAUACUUGUUUGUCCUACAGCAAAAGACGCUGACAUACCGUAUAACUCUGAACCGAAGACGAGAGCCGACUUUCUGCACUAUUCCAACGACUUGACCCUGGACCCAAACACGGCCAACCCCUACCUGAGCUUCUCCGACGGUCGCAGAGGGGUGACCACGCGCUCAGAGCCACAGCCCUACCCGGACCACCCGCACCGCUUCACCAGCUGGGCCCAGGUGCUGGGCCGGGCCGGCAUGGCCGGACGCUGCUACUGGGAGGUGGAGUGGGCCGGCAGCGGAGGGGUCUCCAUCGGCGUCUGUUACAAAAACAUGGGCAGGAGCGGCGGCGGGAGCGACAGCAAGCUGGGACACAACUCCAGGUCGUGGAGCCUGGACUGCUCUCCCUCGGACUGCUUCUUUCAGCACAAUAAGGAGCGAGUGACCGUCGGCGCCGCCUGCUGCAGCAGGAUAGGAGUGUAUCUGGACUUCAGGGGCGGGACUUUGUCUUUCUAUAACGUCUCUGAUGCGAUGGUGUUGCUCCAUAAAGUGAAGACUACGUUUGCCCAGCCUGUGUAUGCAGGUUUCUGGGUGGGUUUGAGUUCUACUUUGAGGCUGUGUGCUCUUUAAAUGCAGAGAUUAGUGCAGUUCAUCGAAAGUUCAAGUAACUUUGUUAGAGCGCUGGACCCAGCAUUACAGUAAACAUGUAAACACCUUAUGGCAUUUGUUUGGAUCUGCAAAGGUAAGACAGGGUUUAUUAAAUAAACUAUUUCUAAAGAAUCAUUUGUACAUGAAAGCUAUUUUACUUAAUUACAUUUCAAGCUGUGGAAAGAGCACACGGUCAUGCCAAUAGUUCUUUUUGCAUAAUUUUUUAUGAUGUCAACUUACAUUAAACUUUUAAAUAUUU